UCAUGUAAUAGACCGCUGACGGCUUCACACGCUGACACGCUCGAAUGCACGCGCGCUCCCACGACACACGUCACAAGCGGCUGCGCGCAAAGACGAGAGCAAAAAAAAAAAAAUACCUUGCAUAUGUCUUCUAAAAAACACGUUUACUAUCUCUGGCAAGCGCAGAGGAGUAAGUGCUUGGUUCUUCUUGUCGCAGAGAUUGUCCCCGCUCUGUUCACCAGUGGGGGUCUCGAUCGCCGCGUCGGAUGGAUGCGAUUCAACACAGCCACGGGUGACACUUCGUGCUCUUCUUGGUCCGACCCGAUCCCCGGCGACCGUCACGUUGGCGUCUGCCUUCAAGUGAAAAUUGCAUGUGGACAGCAUAUUGCUAGAGAAGGGGGGCGAGAUGCCAGACCAGCUGUGGAGGGCUCUGCUUGCGGGCGCUGCUCUGCUGCUGGGCUCCUGUCGGGAUCUCGUCGGAGUGUCCAGUGGCCACAGCACGCAGUCCCCCUCAUCAUCCUCCUCUGUGCCAGGUAAAGGAAGGGGAGUCAGUGGAGGAGAGUCCUUAAACUGGCUCAGCCAUCAAAACGGGAAAAACUAUGACAAUGGACAUGAUUAUUUUAAUGAGGGUGUGAACACUGUCCACACCAUACCAAAGCAUCAGGAAGCCCUCAGUUACGGGAACAGCACAAGCACCAUAAGCCAUAACAGCAGCAGUGAUGCUGGGACCCUGAGAGUGCCCGACAUAGUCAUCGGUGGGGAAGGACAGGGUACGAACAAUGGCGAAACGACCCUUGUAUGUGCCUACAGGGUGAUGGAGUCAGGGGGAAAGGACCGGCUGUGUUUCCGAGACACGCAGCGCGGUUUCGUGUGCCGCAGCGGGGAGUGUCAGAAGGUGAGGUCCGAAGGAGGGCGGGUGGUGGCCAACGUGUUGGCGAACGGCAGCGUGCUCAUACAGUGGGGUCAAGAGAGAGAGCUAGGGAUGGAAAGGUCAAUAAAAGAGAAGAUGACGAUCGUGCCGAGGUCAGAAGAGGAGCAGAGAGCAGUUAAAGAGCCCAAAAUAAUGGAAAAGAGUCAAAACAGAGCACAGAAAACAGUUCAGAGGAAAACAGUGGAAGAGAAGAAAGAUGGAAAAGGCCUACCCACCUCUCAUCUGGCAAUGAGUGGAACUGAAAAUAUGGUCCAGAGGGGUGGAUUUGGGCUCAGCUGCUGGUGGAAUGGCAGCUACACACAGUUUGAGUGUGCAGGCGUUCAGCUGGGGGCCAGCUGCAGAGACUACCUGCUGAGCGAACUGCACGAAAAUGUCCCCUACCGCAUCUGCGUGCGCCCCCUUUUCCUCCGUAACAAGGGUGGCCAUGGCGAUGACCCCGGCGAGUGUGUGGAGUUCACUGUCUCACCUUCCAGGAUGCAGGACAUCGUCAUUGCCAUGACAACUGUAGGAGGAGCCAUCUGCGUGAUGCUGGUCAUCAUCUGCCUCCUGGUGGCAUAUAUAACAGAGAACAUCAUGAGCCCCACAACACAGCACGUGCACACAGCCCAGCAUACACACCGCACACACUCCCACCUCUCGCAACUCUGAGGGCCAUAUAUUCCAC